CGUGAAAGAAACAUUUUUUAUUGGAAAUAGAAUAGCAUAGAUUGAAAAAAUUGGAUCGAACAUUUUAUAGGCAAUAAAAUUGUCAUUGGUUGGCAGAAAUAGUGAAGUAGCUAGUGCAAAAAGGUUUACAUCACCAAAUGGAGUUAUUUUAGUACCCAAUCAAUUCUAAUAAUAUGAAAAAUGAUUAUUGCAACACGAAUGGAGUCUUUAUUUCUCAAUAAAACGUGCAUUUGAAAGCCAAUUUAAGGUCGUUCAGCUUAGAAGUUUAGUUGUUAUCUGUCUGUUUGACGUAAACGAAGGGGAAUGUGAAGGGGAAGUAGUACAAAUAGUACAUAUCACGGAAACUCACGCUUUUGAUGGUGGAAUCCUUUUCCCUGGAUUAAAACAACCUAGUCACAAUGCAGCCGGAGAUUUUGAAGCUGACUGUCGAUUGUUUUGAUGAGCUGUUUGACUUUCUAUCACUACAAGAUUUAUGUUCAAUUGGUGAAACAUGUAAAAUGAUGCAGAAAUUGGUCGGGAAGUAUUUUAAGAAAAAUUUCUCAGCAACUAAAAAAUACACCGACAACAAAGGGGUUGUUAUAACUUAUGUCGAUACUAUGAAGAGUCAUCGUAUUUCAGCGCCUGUACUCAAUCCUUUCAUUACAUCCAUAACACAUAGAACGGAUAAAAUCCAACCACUUCGCUAUAUCGACAUGCACAGUGAUGAAUUUGCUUCUUUGAUCGAAAUUCAAUUCAUGUAUAUCGCACUAAAUGCGUCAAAAAUCAACUGCUUACAACAAAUCCUGCCUAAAAUUGAGGUUUUAAAGUUGAUGCACUGUUCAGUUGAAGGUGAUUUCUACGAUAUUUUACGGCUCUGCAACAAUUUGAAGGAGAUUCAUGUCGAAGAUGAAGGAAACCGCCCAAUUUUGAAUGAAUCCGCGAACCCAUGGCUACUUCAACAGUAUCCAUUGCUGGAAACUCUUCAUCUCACCCAAUUGAAUCCAUUCAAAAUCAAUGAAUUGAGUGAAUUUUUCGUGAAUAACCCAAACGUUCGGACUUUCUCCACAUCAUCAUGGUGUCUUGCGAGGAAUGGCAAAGAGUUCAUUGAGUCCAAUGUGAAAUUGAUGAAUUUAAAGGUGUUUGAAGGAUACAAUGGCACUCCAAUGAACAUGCAAAUAUUGUGUUUGUUGCUGAAUAAACUACAUGACCUAGGUUUUUACAAACAUUUACAUUUUAAAUUUUCACUUCUAAGUCAAGAACAUUGUGAUCAAAUGGCCUCACUUCAUGCACUUGAGUCAUUGUAUGUUACACUCAUGAUGGAGCCGUGUGAUUUGUCUCGUUUAAUGAGUUUGAAACAUUUGACUCUUUCGGAUGGUAUUCACAUGGACACCCUGGCCAAGAGUUUGGUGAACUUGAGACGUCUUUCUCUUUAUAACGCAAAAUAUGAAGAUAUUGUGACAUUUAUCUCUCUUUCAGUUAAGAUAAAAGAGAUCGAAGCACAUUUCAAGAGAGGUGAAUGCAUUGAUUUGGCCAAAUUGAAUGAGCAACGAAAUAGUUUAAAUGAUGCCAGUAAAGUGAUGCUUUUUGUUCAGGAAGAUAUUUUCCUUAAAUCAAAAUGGACCACCAAAAAUGGCAAUUUGAAUUUGGAAUUGGUUGGAAUGAGACGAUUCGAGAGCUAGAGUGAUUUUAUUUGGUAGAAAUUUGGCAACUGAAUUUUCAUUUUUAUAACAAAUCCUUUGAUGACCAUUUCUCUCUCUUGGCCAAUAUUUUCUUCAAAAACUAUAUAACGAUUCCAAUGUCAAAAACGUUCUCCACAAUUACUCAUUGGCCAAUGGCCAUGAAGAAAUAAAAUAAUUAUGUAGUUUGGUAUUAGAAAUGCGUUUGUGUGAUACAGUGAAUCAACUCCACAAUUUGCAAUUUUUUUUCUCUGCGAUUUACUAAAUUUUCAUUUUAUUAGAGAGUUUAUGUCAAUAACAUCGAAUGUAGUUAAUAUAUUACCAA